AUAAGGUAUUACAUGCAUGUAUGUCGGGACAUAUUGCAAUCAUAUGUGUAUGAUAACACAUUAAUAUAUAAUGUUAACUAGAUAGCUCAAGGUAUGGAAGAUCAUAUGCCAAGAGAAAUAACUGAUGAGGAAAUUUGCUACUUACGAAUUUUUCAUUUACUACUUCGAGUAGCAAAUCCCGUUGUAAGGGAUACAUUCAAUACUGAAUUCCACUCUACAAAAUUAAAAGCUGAAUUCAGUCGGAACUAUAAUGUACUUCUAGAUCUUAAAAAGAAACGGGUCAUUGACAAACAACAAUGGGAACUAAUGUUUCCAAUCUCAGAGACAGUUAGUUCAGAGAAAUUUGAUAUCACACUGAUGACUUGUCUUUUAAGACAUCUUGCCAAGUUUAAUAUCCAAGAUCGUCUCCCAACAUGCAGUGAUACGAGUGUAGCGGCAGAUUUGUCCCGAAUAAAAAAGUACAGAAACAAAGUGGUUCAUUGUGAGAAGGGAACCCUCUCUCAACAGGAGUUUAAUCAAUACUGGGGCGAUAUCAGUCAGGCUAUUAUAAGACUUGGUGGUCCUAAGUAUCGGCAACGAUGUGAUGAUUUGAAAAAGAAGGAAUUUGAUGCAACAGACAAAGAUUUGCUAACCGAAAUAAAAAGCGUGAGAAGACCAACAAUUCCCAAAGGUUUAGAAGUAAUCACUGAAACGCUAUUGGAAGAAUGGUCACAUAAAGAUGAAUGUGUUGUAAGAACAAGAGCUAUUCAAACACUUAUCAAAGCUGUUGACGAAAAAGCAGUGGUAACUAUAAUAGGCCCUCCAGGUUGUGGGAAAUCAACAUCGGCGCAUCAUGUAGCUGUCUAUCUAAAAAAAUCAAAGGCGUAUGAAGUGAUACCAGCUAAGAGAGCUAACGAUAUUGUACAGUAUUAUAACCCACAUUGUAAUCAAGUAUUUGUGUUUGAUGACAUUUGUGGAAAGUAUACAUUAGAUAAGCAAAAAGUAGUAGAAUGGCGUGAUUUAGCUGGACAGAUUAACAUUCUUACAAAAAAUAAGAGCAUCAAAGUUUUAGCAACAUGUCGUAGCUAUAUAUUUAAAGAACGCCUAAUCGCGAAUAUUGGCAUUUUAUCUUCUAACUGCGUAGACUUUACAUCAGAAUAUUGUUGUUUAUCUGAAAAAGAAAAACUUGAUAUCGCCAGGGUGUUUUUUGAUGAAAAUGACAUUUUAUCAUUGCAGAAGUCGAAACAAUAUACGAAUUAUGACUUUUUCCCCCUCUUGUGUGAAUUCCAUUCCAAAAACAGGAAGGGGUCUAUUGAAGAUUUUUUUUCCUCUCCAAUUGAGGCUAUAAAUACUGAGCUUUCUAGUUUGAACGAUGACAUUGAUCAAACAAAUGUUGCAACUUUAUUUUUAUUUGUUGUUCACAAUAACUAUAUACCAAUCACAAUCCUCAAAUCAAAAUCAGAUCUCAAUCAAAUUCUUGAAACAAUAGGUAUAUUUUUCGAUAAUGCAUCUUCUCUCAAUGUAACUGCUGUAAAGCAGAUAUUACAACAUCAGCUAAGCUGUUUUACAAAAAUAUCCAACGAUAUUUACAGCAUAAUUCAUGAUAAGAUUUUUGAUAUUCUAGUUCUGUUUUUCGGUCAAAAAUAUUUUGAACUUUGUCUUGAAAUCGGCCAUUCUGAAGUCAUACGAGAUCGGUUUCAAUUUGAGUCGACCGUGGACAAUAGCACUAUUCAUAAUAGCACUAUUCAGCAACAAUCGUGUAUGAUAAAAGUGCCAAUUUCCCUUGAAGAAUCAUACUUCGAUAGACUGUACCAGGAUAUAUCAAAAGGACGUGUCGAUGAUGUGUUUAAUAACAUACAGUUGACAAAUGUACAGUUUCAAACAAAGUUUGUUCGAUACUUUAAAAACAGAAAAGAUGUGAGCGAUAAAAUAUUGAGUUUAUCCCAUACUGAGUCGUCACCUAUUCUUAUAGCCGCACAGCAUGGUCAUUUUGCACUUGUAGAAAUGUUGAUUGAAAUGGGUUUAAAUGUUAAUAUUUGUGAUGCUGAAGACAGGACUUCACUGUUUUUUGCAUUAUAUGGUGGAUACAGGAAUAUAACCGAUCUUUUAUUAAAACAUCAUGCGAAUGCAAAAAUUUGCGAUAAGAAAGAACGGUCUCCUUUAUGCAUUGCAUCGGCAAGGGGUUUUACUGAAAUAGUGGCACUGUUUCUAAAAGAAGGUGUUAUGCAUAUGUCUACUAUGAAUAGUGUAUCCCCUCUUUAUAUUGCUACACUCUUUGGCAAAACCGAUAUUGUAAAAUUAUAUCUGGAAAAUGGGUAUGAUCCAAAUGUCCUAACAAAAUAUAACCAAACACCGAUUUAUGCAGCCUGUUAUUUCAACCAUGUAGACAUUGUAAAACUAUUAUUAAAUGUAAACUGCAAUACCAAUAUUUGUACACAUAGUUCUGAAUCGCCUUUGUUAGCCGCAUGUAGGUAUGGCAACACAUCUGUUGUUGAAUUGUUGUUAGUAAAUGGGAGUGAUCCAGAUCUUUGCAAUAUCAGUGCAGACAGAAGAAGUGAAUAUUAUCUUAAAGGUAACGAUGUUACGGAGAUAAUAUUCGAUUACUAUGAUACUCUUAAGCCUGUUCCUGCUUUUUUCAAAAAUGUUAUGGCAGUAGAUUCAAAACUUCUAGUAGACGUUGACCGUUGCGUUCGCAAAAAAUAUGAGUGUCCGCUUUUUAUUGCAUCGUACAUGGGAAACAUUGAUAUUGUAAAAUUGUUACUCGACCAUCACUGCAAUCCAAAUUUGGGUAAUAAUUUCGACGAAUCUCCAAUUUUUAUUGCUGUUAAACAUGGUUACACAGAAAUAGUUGAAUUAUUAUUGAAAAAUAAGGCUGAUCUCAACCUUUGUAAUAAAGAUUGUGCUAGUCCUUUACAUCAAGCAGUAUCUAAAUGUGCUCAAAUUAAUCCAAGUUUCUUUACAAACAGUAACGAAAGCGAUGCUGUGUCCAUUCUACCCCCACAGACUAGAUUGAAAACUGUCAAAUUAUUGUUACAAAAUAAUGCUGAUCCAAAUUCAUGCGAUGUAUGUUGCAAAACGCCAUUGUUUGCAGCAUCAGAAAGGGGCUUUGUAGAUAUUGUUGAAGCACUUUUAUCGUAUAAUGCAGACCUAAAUAUAUGCAAUGACAACUUUGAAUCUCCCUUAUUCAUAGCUUCAAAAAACGGACAUUCAGAUAUGGUGAGGUUACUUUUAAAGUUUAAUGCAGACCUUGGCAUUUGUAAUAACUACUUGGAAUCGCCCUUAUUCAUAGCUUCCAAAAAUGGACAUUUAGAUAUUGUUAUAGUACUGUUAAAGUCUAAAGCAGAACCUGAUUGUUGUGAUGUAAAUAUAAUUUCACCAUUGUAUAUUGCUUCCAAAAUGUUACAAAGAUCAUUAGUGCAACGAGUUUGCCAACAGUAUUUAUUUGAAGACGAUAUUGAACCAGAUUGUUCACAACAGUUCAGCAGUAUAGUGAAGGUGCUUUUAAAACAUCAUGCUGAUCCGCUGUGUCUACGAUCAGUACACUAA